CGGCCGUCUCCUUUUUCUCAUUCUCAUUCUCACAGCCUCAUUUUAUCUAUACCUCAUUUGCCCAGAGCGGCGCUAAUUAUUUCGUGUUCGGUUUGCGACUGGUAUCGCCUUUUCAUAGUUCACGAUCAUGGCGUCUAUUACGACUCGUAAGGGAAGAAGGUGUACGGCAGUGCCGAAAUUAGUACAUAUCGAAGCAGUACCUGGAGCUUCUAGUUCGACGUCGACAUCGGAAACAUCUUCAUCAAGUUCAAGUUCAAUUUCAACUUCAACUUCAUCUUCGUUGUCAUCAUCAUCAUCAUCUUCAUCCUUACCACCCUCUUCCAUAUCUAGUUCGACUGCGGCCAAUACUCCACCCGCAAUUGAAAACCCAGCCCAACAGGAUACUCCGCUCCCUCCAGAAAUAUUCCCAAGCCCAACAAGUAUCAUAGCAGCGCAGCCAUCGAUAGACCCGGCUAUUUCGGCAGCACCUCCCGCGCCAACCAUAACCGGCACCGACGAGGUCUCUUCUUCAGCUGCUCUCCUUACCGACACGGCUACUACUCCGUCCCCUACUCAACUAGAUGCGCAAGUGUCGAGUUCAGCGGGGCAGGAUGAUAAUCCUGUACAACCGACAUCCUCGUUAUUUGAACAGCCGGUAGACUCUUCCUCAUUAACUAGUUCUGUUGAAAAUACCUCAUUACCGACGAUAGGGGUAACGCAAGCUUCUAGUUCCUCGGUAGAGACGGGGGCAAAGGGGACAGGGUUGCCAAGUACCCAAAAGGCAGCAACUGGCAAUGCUAUCACUACGGGACAGACGAUAGCCAUAGCAGCUGGAGUAGUUGGUGGGGUCAUGGCAAUUUCGCUCAUAGCAUUCACCAUCUGGUUCUGGCGGAAGAGGAGACAAGAACGGAGGAGUAGUAUGUUGACGCCUAUGUCCCCGAGGACAACAUUCCGCGAUGAUGAGAAGGGAUCUUAUCUCAUAAGCCGGACGUCCUUGGGUCCGACAUCGCUCCCCCAGAAGCUCUGGGCGACCGUCGAGGCUAGGUAUAGAAGACUGCGUGGACGGGUUGGCAGCAUUGUGGCGCGUAGCAGUAGUCCGAGCCCAAGCGUUAACCUUGACCGCGGGAAUUCCCAAUUUGGUCUGCCCGAGCCAGCACAUAGCCGAAACAAUUCGAAUACAGGACCAUCAACUGACAAGGGCCGUCCUGUGGAUUGGUGGGGUCGGUUAACGGAGGAUGAGAAUUCUAACUGGCAACUACGUCGCGAGUCGGAGAACCAUGGGCCUGCAUUUGGCUUACAACCCGGGCGGGAAUUAGAAAAGGCGCAAGGAAGUGUAAAUGGCAAUCGGCGCCGCUCAACAUCCGUGGGCGACGAACAUUUCCUCGGCGGCCUAGGAUUAGAUUUCGAUUCAGCUGACCCCUUUUCGGAUGUAAACGCCAUAGGCAACAAUACGGCUAAGGCUAAGCCUCUGAUGGUUUCCGCGGUCAAUAAUCCAUUUUCGGAUUCUCAUGCUAUUGCGGCCCCGUCGGGUGCCGUAAAUGGAGGGAUCGCAACAUACGUGCAACAUUCCCGACACUCCCACAGUCACAGCGUGAAUGGUAGCAUCAGCCGCCAGACGAGCAACGCUAGCCACCGCACGAGCGUGGGCACCAUCGGUACUCGACGCAACAGGUUCCGCUCCGACCCCUUUGAUUUGGAUCGCCCGGAUUUUCUACGGAGCGCCAACUCUAGCAUGGAUGCUACCGCGGGAUGGGCCAGCAGAGCCAGCCGCAGCAGCACUGAUAUCGGGAGUGUACCCGAUGCUCCGCAGCAAGCCCAUAUGAGGAACGCAAGCUUCUCGUCGAAAUACUCGAGCGGCGUAAGCAACACGGGCUGGAGCGAACCGGGGCCAGAUAUUGGUCCGGUAGUUGGGCGGUACACACUAAGUCCAGAUAGCCGACCAGAGCGACGGGAUUCUGACACAAAAAGCGGCAAGAGCCAGGGUAGCGUAGGCAACGCCCUAUAGCAUAACCUACACUUACACCUAAAACACAAAGACGCAGUAGACGUAGCGUAUAGCAUAGAGCGGGGAGAGGGUUAGAUGACGAGGCAUGAAGCAAGCGCUGCAGCUUGAUU